AUGAGUAAUCAACAAGCUCGAGGAAAUGGAGGAAAUGCGUCCGGAAGUGCUAUUCGGCCCGUUUCAUUGAGAUGUAAGUGUUUUGCGGGGGCUUACCUGAUCUAGGCGGUUUUUUUGAGUUAAGCUAACUCUUGAAACGAUUUUCAGCAUGUAGCAGAUCACAUUUUCAAAUGAAAAUCGAACGAAAUCCAAAAAAGUAGUUUUCGACACGCUGAUCAUGCUCCUGAUGUUAAAAAUAGCAAAACUCAACGUCUAAUAUGAGUUAUGACGUGGCGAAGUUGGACUUUAGCUAACUUCAAACUGCUGAACAACGCUAUGCUAUCAGAUUUUUUAAAAACUCAUUUUUGAAGUUAGUUAUGAACAAUCUGAUAGCAUAGCGUUGUUCAGCAGUUUUCAGUUAGCUAAAGUCUUGUGAAACCCCGAAUUUUCCAACUUUGCCACGUCAUAACUCAUAUUAGGAGUUGAGCUUCGCAAUUUUUAACUUCAGGAGCAUGAUCAGCGGGUCGAAAACUACUUUUUUUUGGAUUUGGCCAGUAUUUUUUUGAAAAAUGUGAUCUGAGUUAGCUUAACUCAAAAAAAAACCCCCCUAGAACUUCACUAUUCUUUAGCCCGAUUGCUAGAGUCUAGUCUGACCCCAAUCUAGCCUUCUCAUAAGUUAGGGUAACUUCAAAAAGCCAAAGACACGUUUCUUAAAACCUAGAGCUUCACUAUUUUUCAGCCCGAUUGCUCUAGUGACUAGAGUCUAGUUAGGGUAACUUCAAAAUGAUCAAAACCAUAACUGACUAACCUCCGAUCAAUCUCUGGAGACUAGAGUCUAGUCUGCUAGAAUCUAGGACAUCCUGAGACUCUUCUCAAAAGUUAGGCUAACUUAUAAAAUAACUUCAAAAAACCUAUUAUUGUCGAAGUUGAAAAACAUUACUUCGACAAUACUAUCUUAAAAAUAAUGCCCUAGUGACGUCACUAUCAUGACUAGAGUCUAGUCUAUCUCUCUAUUUUUCCAGCCGAUGAUUCAAAUUCGCCGCAACCUCGAAAACUCGAAGUCGUCUCAAAACAAGCCACAAAAGUCACCGCCUUAUCCACCAAACUCGAGUGGAAAAUCGAGCAAUUCGAAAAACUGAUGAAACUCGUCAAAAAUGGCAGCAACCUGAUUUCCCGCCAAUUCUCCGUCCCACAAGCUCCCACAGUUUGCUGGGAAUUGCACGUUUAUCCCAACGGAAAACGAGACGAGGAUAUGAAUAACGUGUCGUUUUUCUUGCGACAAGUCGGAUUGCAAAGAGGCGAAGAGCCGAUUAUGACAGAAUUUCAGAUUUAUGCGUUGGAUGCGAAUUCGCAGAGGAUUAGUGUUUGUCGAGAUACCAAGGAUUUUACGAAUCAACAGGGACGGGGAAAGUUUCAGGUGAGCAUUUUUGAGAUGAAAAUCUGGGGGAAAAAAAAAUUGAUUUUCACCAAUUUUUUGUCGUUUUUGAGACUGAAAAUGCUGAAAAAGCUUUUGACAGCAAAAAAAUGCUGAAAAUUUGGUGGAUCUUGAAUUUUUUUCGUUUUUGAGAAGGAAAUUCGAAAUUUUGAAUGAAAAAUGCUGAAAAUCUUGAUUUUUGCCCAUUUUUUCCUUUUUAAGAGUGGAAAUUUGGAAUUUUUCAACUGAAAAUGCUGAAAAUUCUGAAAUUUUCCAUAUGAAAAAUCCUCUUUUUCAUAAAAAGUUCGAAAUUUCCGAAAUUGGCUCAAUUUCCGUGCUAAAAAUAGGUUUUUAUAAAUUCAAAAUUAGCCUAACUUGAUUUAUUCAACAAGAAAAAUACAUCAGAAAAUUCCACGUGGCAAAGAAAAUCGGCUCUAGAUGAAGCUUGCCUAGAAAUCCAGAAAAACACAAUUUUGAUGGCCUAGAAUUUUGAAUUUUUAGGCCGCGAAAAUUGAGCUCAAAUUCUAGGUGGAAAAAUUUUUGAAUUUGAAAAUGUUGGCGCGAAAAUUCCGAAUUCAAAUUUUGCAAGUUUAAGCUUGAAAAGUACACGUGGCAAAUUUUGAAUAAGAAUUUUCGCGGCAAAAAUUUUGAAUUCAAAAUUUUUAAAACAUUUUCAAAAAUUUUUCCACCUGGAUUUGGGCUCUAAAAAUUUUGGAGCUCAAAUUCCAGAUCGCAAAAUUUUUAAAAUAUCAAAUUAACCCCAAUCCUCUCCAAAAACUCCUCCAGAAUCCCAUAUUUUUUCAGGUGUCCCGCGAUAAAAUGAUGGGUGCUCUGCGAGCCGACGGAACCCUCUUCCUCAUCUGCGAAGUCGAAUACUUCCCGCCCGGCUCAAAAAUCUCAGUCGAACCCGUCGACGACGACACUUUUAUCGAAGAUUUUGAUGAGAAAACCGAAUUAAAUAUUCGAGAAAGUAAUCGAGAAAUGUGGGAAAUGGAACUAUUCACCGAUUGUGUCAUCAAUGUUGGCACCAAACAAAUUCGAGCACAUCGAUGCAUUUUGGGACAACAUUCGCCGGUUUUCCGAUCGAUGUUUUCGAGCGAAUCGAUGAUUGAAGCGCAGAAUGGCAUUAUUGAUAUUUUGGAUGCGAAAUAUGAAUCGGUUAGAGGUGAGUUUGGGUAACUUGUGGCAGGAUUUUUUAUGUUUCAAAAUAUUUUAAAUUGAAAAUUGGAUAUUUUCAGAAUUCAUGAAAAAUUAGAUAUUUUGAAAUUUAUUUUGCCACGUGGAAUUUGAGCUUCAAAAAUCCACGUGGCUCGAUUUUCUCUGAAAAUUUUUGGUCAGAAAAUUUACUGUUUCAAAAUAUUUUUAAUUGAAAAUUGGGUAUUUAAAGAAUGCUUUUCAUAUGAAAAAUUCAACUUUUUGAAAUUUCUUAAAAUUUACCACGUGGAUUUUGAUCACCAAAAUUUGAAAUCGUAAAAUUUUCGCGCUAUUUUUCAAUUUCCAAAAAUCCACGUGGCAAAUGCUCGAUUUUCUGUGAAAAUGUUUUGGUCAGAAAAUGAUUUUCUUUGAAAAUUUUCGGCCAAAAAAUUUACUGUUUCAAAAUAUUUUUUAAAAAAAUUACUGUUUCAAAAUAUUUUUAAUUGAAAAUUGGAUAUUUUCAAAAUGCUAUUCAUAUGAAAAAUUCAUGAAAAAUUCAAUUUUUUGAAACUUCCUAAAAUUUGCCACGUGGAAUUUGAGCACCAAAAAAUUCAAAUCCUAAAAUUUUCGCGCUAUUUUUCUAUUUUCAAAAAUCCACGUGGCAAAUGCUCGAUUUUCUGUGAAAAUUUUUGGUCAGAAAAUUUACUGUUUCAAAAUAUUUUUAAUUGAAAAUUGGAUAUUUAAAGAAUCAGUCAAUUUUUCCAUUUUUAAAAACUUCUGGACCUAAAAAUCAUUUCAAAAAUUUCGAAUUUUCAGUCAAUUUUCCAGCUCCAAAAAUCAAUAAAUAUUGAUUUUUGAAUUAAUUUUCGGGUUCAAUUUUUACAAAAAAAAAUAAUAUUAAAAAAAUUUACUGUUUCAAAAUAUUUUCAAUUGAAAAUGGGAUAUUUUAAGAAUGAUGUAGUGGUAGUGAAUUCAUAAAAAAUUGCAUUUUUUGAAAUUUCUUGAAAUUUAUUUUGCCACGUGGAAUUUGAGCUCCAAAAUUUAAAUUGUAGAAUUUUCUCGAAAAAUUGGGAAAUGCUCAGCUCAAAAAUCCACGUGGCUCGAUUUUUUCUGAAUUUCUUUUGAACAUUUUCCUACGUGGCAAAAGUUCGAUUUUCUCUGAAAAAUUUUGGUCGAAAAAUUACUGUUUCAAAAUAUUUUUAAUUGAAAAUUGGGUAUUUAAAGAAUGCUUUUCAUAUGAAAAAUUCAACUUUUUGAAAAAAAAUUUACCACGUGGAUUUUGGAGCUCCGAAAAAUUUAAAUUGUAAAAUUUUCUCGAAAAAUUGGGAAUUUCUCAGCUUCAAAAAAUCCACGUGGCUCGAUUUUCUCUGAAUUCAUGAAAAUUCAAGAUUUUACCGUCAAAAAUCGAUCAAAUUGUUGAAAUUCUCAAAAAAAUCAAUAUUUUUUGCAGCCAUGGUUGAAUUUAUGUACACUGGCUCGACAGAUGCUCUAGAUUCACAUUCAAUCGAUGAAGUCUUGGCAAUCGCUGACAAAUAUGAAGUUUUGCCAUUAAAAGAGCAAUGCGAAAGAUCGAUUGCGCUCACAAUUAAUCAUAAAAAUAUCACAAAUAUUGCCGUGUUUUCCGAUACUUAUACUGCACAUAUUUUGAAAUCGGUGGGUUUUUUACCGGGGUUUUCUAGAAGCAUUUUGAGCCUAAAAACUGAUUUUUGACCAGGGUUUCUGGGAGAUUUCUGAGCCAAAACCCCUUGAUUUUGACCCGAAGUUACCCUAAAUCCUCAAUGUUUUUUUUCCAGGCUGUCAUUCGAUUCCUCACAAUUCAUCAUCGAAAUGUGAUAAAAACAUCGGAGUGGAAAAUGAUGAAAAAGGUUGGUUUUCAUUUUUUUUUUCUUGGGGAAAAAUUUACUGUUUCAAGUAAUUUUUAAUUCAAAUUCUGGUUUUUUUCAAACCGUUGAUUAUUUCUUUGAUAUUAUAAAAAUUUUCUUUGAAAAAAUUUACUGUUUCAAGUAAUUUUGAAUUGAAAAAUGGAAUAUUUCGAAAUGUUAUUUGAGUUUUUAUCGAAUUCACUAAAUAUUUUUAUCUGGAUUUUUUGCUGAAAAUUUACUGUUUCACUGAAUUGUUAAUUGACUCAGGCAAAUCGUCCCACCGGUGGGAAACCGGUGGGAAAAAUGAACAAAAACACCGGUGGAACACCUCUUUUUGGUGUUCAGACGGUGUUCAAACGGUGUUAAGCGAGUGUUAAGGUGGUGGUACACCGGUGCUAUUAUCAAAUUUGUGACCACCGGUUUCCCACCGGUGGGCCCACCGGUGGGAUUAAUGAAGAGAAGGUGUUGAGUGAGUGGAUAUUUGGUGUUACACCGGUGGGACGAUUUGCCUGAGGAAGAUAUGGUUUUUAAAUCGAUUGAUCUUCUUUUCAAAAGUUGAUUUUCAAAAAAUAUAACCUGGUUUGGUUUUAUCGAAAUUCAGAAUUUUAUCUUCAAAAAUUCACUGUUUCAACUAGUUUUCAAUUGAAAAUAGGAGUUUUUGAAAAUAAUAGCUGAUUUCACUAAAGGUUCGGAUUUGAAUUUUUUCCUGAAAAUUUAAUGUUUCAAAAUAUUUUGAAUUGAAAAUAGGAAUUAUUCAAAAAUGUUAUUCUGUUGAUAGACGAUUUCAAUUUUUGUGUAGAAAUUAGUAUAAAAAAUUUACUGUUUCAAGUAAUUAUGAAUAGAAAAUUGGAAUUUUUUGAAGUAAUUUUUCACCGUUUGUAUUAUCACAAGUAUUUGCUUUCCUAGAAAAUUUUAUCAAAAGUUUACUGUUUCAAAAUAUUUUUAAUUGAAAUUUUGGAAUUUUUUCAAACCGUUGGAUUUUCAUUAUCAAAGUUUUUUAAAAAAUGUUUCAAAUACUCAAUUUUUAAAAUUUUGUCUUUAAAAAAUUUACUGUUUCAAGUAAUUUUGAUUAGAAAAUUGGAAAUUUUCAAAAAAGUUAUAUUUUGAUUUCCAAAAUUUGAUUUUUAAAAAGAUAAAAAUAGCUUAUUUUUGGCUGGAAUUAAACAUUUUGUCUUUAACAAUUUUCAUGUAAAAUGUUACUUGAAUUUUUUAAAUUAAAAAAAACAAAAAAAUUAAAUUCAAACUAUUUUUAAAACAUGAGAGUUUCAGUAAAAAAUCCAGAUUUGAAUUUUUUAUUUGAGACAAGAAUUUCAGCUAAAUUCUGUCUAUAAUUUUCAAAUUUUUCCAGGAUCGUCACGAAUUGGCAAAUGAAUUACUGGAAGCCGUGUUGACGAACAAUGAUAUUGAUGAUGAACCAUCAACAAGUAAUAGUGCACCAGUUCGAUCGCCGCCAAGAAAACGAGUUAGACGAACUGUUGGUGGAAAUGGUGCCAAAUAG